GUCAGCGAACCCGAGGGUGCGGAGCGCGGAGCGCGCGCCGGACUAGCGCCGUCGUCCCCGAGAGCGAGGGCCGCCCGAGAACAAUGAGACACGAAGCUCCCGUGCAGAUGGCCUCCGCCCAAGAUGCCAGGGUGGGCCAGAAAGACUCCUCUGAUCAGAACUUUGACUACAUGUUCAAACUGCUCAUCAUUGGCAACAGCAGCGUGGGCAAAACCUCCUUCCUGUUCCGCUACGCUGAUGACUCUUUCACAUCCGCCUUUGUCAGCACAGUCGGGAUCGAUUUCAAAGUAAAAACUGUAUUCAGAAAUGAAAAGAGAAUCAAGCUUCAGAUUUGGGACACGGCGGGCCAGGAACGGUACCGGACCAUCACCACCGCCUACUACCGCGGGGCCAUGGGCUUCAUCCUGAUGUACGACGUCACAAACGAGGGCUCCUUCGCCGCCGUGCGGGACUGGUCAACCCAGAUCAAGACGUACUCUUGGGAUAACGCCCAGGUCAUCCUGGUCGGGAACAAGUGUGACAUGGAGGACGAGCGUGUCGUCUCCACGGAGAGAGGCCGGCGCCUGGGGGAGCAGCUCGGGUUCGAGUUCUUCGAGACGAGCGCCAAGGACAACGUGAACGUCAAGCAGACCUUUGAGCGCCUGGUGGACGUCAUCUGCGAGCAGAUGUCCGAGAGCCUGGAGGCCGACCAGGCCGCCGCUGCCGCCAAGCAGAGCGCGAGGCUCCAGGAGAGCCCGCCGCCGCCGCAGCCCGGCUGUGGCUGCUGA